CAGCGGCAAGCAGCGUCUCUAGCUCCAGCAGCAGUAGCAGCAGCCAGGGACAAGAGUUCAUAGUCCGGAUACCGAAGCAAACCAAGAAAAGGUAUCAUGUCAUGCGAUUCAAUGCUGCGCACAAACAAGACAUAUCCAAGUGGACGCAGAUUCGCAUGGAGAGGGAGAAUAACAUGAAGGAAUUCAAGCUUGAGGACGACAUGCCAAAAUUCGGGGCAGGCAGCGAGUUUGGUCGGGACCAGAAGGAAGAGGCACGCCGCAAGAAGUAUGGUAUCAUCAUGAAGAAGUACAACCCCGAUGACCAGCCUUGGCUUCUCAGGGUUGGCGGCAAGGGAGGGAAAAAGUUCAAGGCCAUACGCGAGGGAGGCGUUUCGGAAAAUACGUCUUUCUACGUCUUCUGUAAGGCCCCGGACGGUGUCUUUGAAGCUUUUCCCAUUGAGGAGUGGUACAACUUCAACCCCGUGAACCGCUUUAAGGCACUCACCGCUGAAGAAGCAGAAGUGGAAUUUGAGAGGAGAGACAAAGUGAUGAACCACUUCUCCAUCAUGGUUCGCAAGAAGAUGUCCCUCGAGGACGAAGGAAGCAAAGAGGAGGCAGAGGAAGAAAAAGGAAAGAAGGGGAAGAAGGGCAAGAAGGAGAACAACCGAGACUUUCAACUCACCGAAAUGGACGACUGGUUGAGCGACUCGGACGGCGAUGGUGACGACGACUCGGAUGGCGAGAGGGACGAUGACGAUGCUGGUGGCAAGAAGAAGAAGAAGGGUAAAGCGGGAGAGGACGAUAAGAAGAAGAAGAAGAAAAAAAAGAACGAGUCCGAUGAGGAGGCCAUGGAGGAGAGCGACGAGGGAGACUUUGACGACAGGGAAGUGGAUUACAUGUCAGAAUCCAGCUCUGAAGAAGAAGAGCCCGAAGACGAGAAGGCGAACCGCGAGCUGAAAGGUGUCGAGGAUGAGGACGCCCUUAGGGCCGUGGACCAGUCCGACGAAGAGGAGGAAGGCGAGAAAGAGGAGGAGAAGCCUGAGGGAGAGGAGGAGGCCGCCAAGGAUGAGAAAACUGCUGAGGCCAAGCCGAAGUCGAAGGCUGACAAGAAAGAGGGUGGCUCGUCUAAGAGUGCAUCAAAGGGCAACUCCUCUGGCGAAUCCAGCUCCGAGUCUUCAGACUCUGACUUCGACGACUCCAAGUUCCAGUCCGCCAUGUUCAUGCAGUCUUCUUCUCGUCAGAAACCAAAGAAGAAGAAUGGCUGUGAGAGUGCGAACAGCAGCCGUGCAAACACACCGACCAAGCACGUGAGUGACGAGAAGAAGGGCAAAGAUUUUUGGUUCAAGGCCAUACGCGAGGGAGGCGUUUCGGAAACGUCUUUCUACGUCUUCUGUAGCCCCGACGGUGUCUUUGAAGCUUUUCCCAUUGAGGAGUGGUACAACUUCAACCCCGUGAACCGCUUUAAGGCACUCACUGCUGAAGAAGCAGAAGUGGAAUUUGAGAGGAGAGACAAAGUGAUGAACCACUUCUCCAUCAUGGUUCGCAAGAAGAUGUCCCUCGAGGACGAAGGAAGCAAAGAGGAGGCAGAGGAAGAAAAAGGAAAGAAGGGGAAGAAGGGCAAGAAGGAGAACAACCGAGACUUUCAACUCACCGAAAUGGACGACUGGUUGAGCGACUCGGACGGCGACGGUGACGACGACUCGGAUGGCGAGAGGGACGAUGACGAUGCUGGUGGCAAGAAGAAGAAGAAGGGUAAAGCGGGAGAGGACGAUAAGAAGAAGAAGAAGAAAAAAAAGAACGAGUCCGAUGAGGAGGCCAUGGAGGAGAGCGACGAGGGAGACUUUGACGACAGGGAAGUGGAUUACAUGUCAGAAUCCAGCUCUGAAGAAGAAGAGCCCGAAGACGAGAAGGCGAACCGCGAGCUGAAAGGUGUCGAGGAUGAGGACGCCCUUAGGGCCGUGGACCAGUCCGACGAAGAGGAGGAAGGCGAGAAAGAGGAGGAGAAGCCUGAGGGAGAGGAGGAGGCCGCCAAGGAUGAGAAAACUGCUGAGGCCAAGCCGAAGUCGAAGGCUGACAAGAAAGAGGGUGGCUCGUCUAAGAGUGCAUCAAAGGGCAACUCCUCUGGCGAAUCCAGCUCCGAGUCUUCAGACUCUGACUUCGACGACUCCAAGUUCCAGUCCGCCAUGUUCAUGCAGUCUUCUUCUCGUCAGAAACCAAAGAAGAAGAAUGGCUGUGAGAGUGCGAACAGCAGCCGUGCAAACACACCGACCAAGCACGUGAGUGACGAGAAGAAGGGCAAAGGGCAUGGGAGUGUGGUCCAAGAACCAUGGGACAGUGAUAACAAAGCUCUCAAGCGCAAAAUCAGGGAAGAAUCUCCAGCUGCUGCAAAAACAGAUGGGUCAGCACCAAAACGACCGCGUAAUGAAUCAAACCUUCAGUCCACACCUUCCAUGCCUAGCAGUUGGUCAUCAAGCACGGAAGGCAUCACUGAGGAGUCUGUGAGGCGCUACCUACUUCGGAAGCCCAUGACCACCACAGAGCUCCUCCAGAAGUUCAAGUCAAAAAAGACUGGCAUGAGCAGUGAAAAGCUUGUGAAUACCAUUGCUCAGAUUCUGAAAAGACUGAACCCUGAAAAGCAGACCAUCAAAGGAAAACUGUACCUGUCUAUAAAACCUUGAGCUGCAAAGGGGCACAUAUGCUGGGCACCUUUGCUGGAGCCCAGCAGUUGCAAGCGCACAUAGUGUUGUCAUUGUUGGUGAGCUGUUGUGUAAAUAAACAGUUUUUAUACAUCUCA